CGUUCGUGGAAGAGUGAAAGAGAGAGAGGCGCAUUUCCGAGAGACAAAUAAAUUUCCAGGGUUUAGGGUUUUCUUGGAUCGAUCGUUGCCGCGGGCACGAGGAUGAUGGAGAUCCUGCGCGAGCAGAUGGGAUUCUUGCUCGAUCAAGGCUUGCACGACUCUGCAGAGAUUUUGGGCUCGUUUCUUCUGUGCGCGGCCGCGUCCAACAACGAUCUGGCUCCUACCGUUCGCGCCGAGAAUAUGGUGUUGUUUGCCGAUGCUUUGUAUGGAAGAAGAGAGUACAAAAGGGCUCUUAACUUUUAUCGGCAAGCAUUACAACAAUGUAGAGUAACGUUGAAACCAAACACGGCUGUCACGAGAAGCACUCUUUCUUCGACAGGAAGUCGACCAUCGUCCGCAAACUCAAGUUAUUGUGGUACUAUCAAUGACAAUGAGGUGAAGUACAAAAUAGCUCUCUGUCAUAUGGGCUUGCGCGACACUCGCUCGGCUCUUACAGAGAUGGAAGCCAUACCAUCAAAAGCCAGGACGCUGCGUAUAAAUCUCACGCUAGCAAAGCUCUACCGUGUUACGGGCUACGACCGAGCGGCGGUCGCUUCAUAUCGAGAGUGUCUAAGGCAAUGCCCAUACGUCUUGGAGGCCAUUAUAGCACUGGCUGAGCUUGGAAUACCUGCGAAAGAUAUUCAGCUUCUUUUUCCUCAGACUCCUAGCAAGGUUGCUCGAGCACCCUCUGAUGGUCACGAGUCUUCACGCUUACUACAGAAACUUACUGAGGUUCAUUGCGGGAUUGCAUCUUUGGACUACAAAGGAGCUUUAGAGAAUUUAAACCAGCUCGCACAACGUUUUCCAAAUAACCUACAUGUUUUACUAGAGACAGGGAAGGUUGAAGGAGCUUUGGGGAGAGGCGAUGAAGCAGUUCACAGCUUUGAGAAGUCACGGCAAGUAGAUCCCUGUAACUUGACAGAUAUGGACGAGUAUGCGAUGCUGCUUAGAAUGAGAGGUGAUACUGCCGAAAUGAACCGUCUAGUUUAUGACCUGCUCAAUGUUGAUGCCGGAAGGCCGGAAGUAUGGGUCUCAUCUGCUGUUUAUUGGGAAACACGUGAUGACAGAGUUCGCGCUCUUAGUUAUGCUGAUAAGAGUAUACGUGUUGCUGACCGUCAUACACCGGCGUAUCUUCUGAAGGGGAAUCUAUCUUUAUCUUUGAACCACUCUGAAGCUGCUGUGAUGGCUUUUAGAAAAGCUCAAUCUUUAAAACCAGAUCUCCGAUCCUAUCAAGGUCUUGUUAGAUCAUACCUUGCGUUAUCGAAGAACAAAGAAGCUCUCUGUGCUGCCCGCGAAGCCAUGAAAGCUAUGCCUCAUUCUGCCAAGGCUCUCACCCUCGUAGGUGAUGUUUAUGCACAUGUUCCGGAAGGUCGAGAAAAGGCUCGCAAGUUUUACGAGUCUGCAUUGCGCCUAGAGCCGGGGUAUCUUGGUGCUGUGCUUGCGUUGGCAGACUUACACAGAAUGGAGUCCCGCAAUGAAGAAGCUACACUACUUUUGCAACGUUACCUGCAGAACUGGGCAGAUGAUGCUUUGCACACGAAGCUGGCACAGAUACUGGCGCUCACAAACAAGCUGGGAGAAUCUCUAUCACAUUAUCAGGCUGCUCUGAGCAUCAAUCCGCAAAACGAAGCAGCAAGAAAAGGCUUGGAACGUUUGGAAAAACAAAUGAAGGGAGUGGAUCCUGAUGCACUUGAAGAGGACGAAGAGAAUGAAGCAGAAGAUGGAGAAGGGGACCCCGAAGAGGCCGAGUUCCUGUAGUAAGUUCCAUUACAGCUUUUACAUUACUACAGAUUUUUACCUGUUGUAUAACACUACCAUUGGCUUA